AUGACCGCAUAUAAAGCCAAGAGCCCCAAUGCACGCCCCGUUCCGCAAAUGAUCUCUACGCCUAAAUUGAAGACCGAAGACUUCGGAGACCGCAUCGACUUCCUGAACUUCGGAUACGAUGAUUUCGAGCCCAAAACGCCAGAGGAGAGGCUGAUGAAGUACCGAGCCGAUGUCGAGUUGUCCAAAGUGCAUGCAAAGCGCUACAAGCUUAUGGCAGAUCGCAAAACGAAAGACUUCUAUAUGGACAAGGUACCGCAUCGGAAGGACGAAACUGGAGACAGCCUCGACUUCCUGAAAAGAUACGCCGAAAUAAAGCCCCAGACGCCGGAGGAAAAGUUGAUGAAGCUUAAGGUCGAUGUCGAGUUCUCGAAAAUACAUCAGGAUCGGUACAGGUUCAAGACUGCUGAGCUGUUCUUCGAGGGUAGAGCGAUAUUUGCGCAGCUCAUGGUCGAUGUUGAGGAGUCUCGGUUGAAGAUCAGACGGGAAGCUGCUGCGGCUGCAAAUUCGAAAGCUACCUCGUCAUCGUCUGAGGAUCAUGACCAUGGAACAGAAGCUUUUCAGGGUUAG